GUAAAAGUAAACAAACAACAAAUUCAUAAGAAAAUCAUUUUCCAUAAAUUAAUUAAGUUUUCCAAGAGUUUCCAUCGAAUUUCCGUCUAAAAAUGGUGAAAACACUGCGCCGCACACGACUGGCCAGAAAAUACAACUACCAAAGGAAUCGGAAACGCGUUCAAAAGAGCAUUCAAAAUAAAGGCACCAUCAAAGAACCUCUCAUCAAGCAAGAAUGGCAAAAAGGCAAGUCACUUUCGAAGAAUUUGGACGAUAUGGGUCUCGCUUUCGACACGAACAAAGCUCUCGGAGUGCCCAAUAAUCGCGAGCAUCGAAAACGAAUCAUCAAAGUUGUCAACGGGUUCUUCGAGGAAGACGAUCUGGACAUCAAAAAGGAAGAAGAAACCUCAGAUGAAGAAAAUUCCGGAUCCGAAGAUGAAAAAGAACCAAAAAAUUCGCGUGUCAAAGGAUAUGUCGCGG